UUAACUUACCCUGAAAGAAAGGGAAGAAGAAUUAUGAGAAGUCAAGGGUUCAUUGCUUAGAAUCGCUUAACCCUUUUUGUGUAUAUAUCUAUUGGUUCGAACAAGAAUACAGUUUUCGAUAUUAUAGAGAGAGAGAGAGAGAGAUGAAGAGAGAAGUUGUGGAGAGGGUGGUGAGGAGCCUGGGGAAAGGGUUCGAUUUGACGGCGGAUUUCCGGCUGAAGUUCUGCAAAGGAGAAGGAGAUGAGAGGUUGGUGAUUCUAGAAGAAUCCAGCAAGAGAGAUCUUCAUGUUCCUGGCUUCGGAACUUUCCACGAUGUCUCCUCCGACAUCAACUGCGACAAAGGCGACCACGCCCGUUUCCAAUCCGACAUGCUCGACUUCAACAAGAUGUCGGAAUAUUUCAACCAGAAGUCGUCGGUGACGGGGAAAAUGCCGUCGGGGUACUUCAACGCGACGUUCGGUUUGCAGAACGGGACGUGGGCGAAGGACGCGGCCAACGUCAAGUGUUUAGGUCUCGACGGUUAUUUCAUAACGCUAUUUAACUUUCACAUCGACCGUCCGUACCGUCUCCGUCUCACCGAUAACGUCCGUAACGCCGUCCCGUCUUCUUGGGAUCCCCCUGCGUUAGCCAGAUUCAUAGAGAGAUAUGGGACACACGUCGUGGUGGGAGUGGGUGUAGGAGGACAGGACGUGGUGGCGGUGAAGCAGGAUCAUAAUGUGGUGCAGUACUUGCCUGAGGCUUUCAACGUGUUUGAUGAACGACAGACAGUGGCCUUCAACAACUUUUCGAUGAAUUCAAAGGAUGGAAUAACGGUGAUAUGCUCGAAGAGAGGAGGGGACGAGAGGGCAAAGAGCCACAACGAGUGGUUGAUAACAGUGCCCACCAUGCCCGACGCCAUCAACUUCAGCUUCAUCCCCAUCUCUUCUCUUCUCAAAGAUAUCAAUGGCUCUGUCUUCCUCUCCCACGCCAUCUCUCUCUACCUCCGCUAUAAGCCUCCAUUAAUGGAUCUGCAGUAUUUUCUAGAGUUCACGGGGCCGAAGACAUGGGCACCUAUCCACAAUGAUCUUCCUCUUGGUGCUGCCCCAAACAUGCCCUCUUCUUAUUCAUCUCCUCCUCUCCACAUCAAUUUCAUGGGUCCCAAACUCUACGUUAAUUCCACUCCGGUGACAACUGAGAAGAACCCUGUCACCGGGAUGCGAUUAUUCCUUGAGGGCAAAAAAUGCAAUAGGCUGGCGAUUCAUCUUCAGCAUCUAUCAAACACGGCGACGGCGCUCCGAGAAAAGAUCGCCGGCGAACAUUACUGGCAAGGCUCCGACCAGGUCUCAGACCACGGCCGUUACUUCGAAUCCCUCAACGGCAAGAAGUUCUCACACGUGUGUACGGCUCCGGUGAAGUACAACCCCGACUGGGUAGCCCAAAACGACGCCGUCGCGUUCAUCGUUACCGGAGCUCAGCUCCACGUCAAAAAACACGGAUCAAAGUCCGUUCUUCAUCUCCAGCUCCGGUUCACCGGAGUAUCCGACCAUUACGUCGUUCAGAAGGAUUGGGCUCAUGGGUCAUCUGGAAUUUCCCAGAGAUCCGGGAUUUUCUCGGCGAUGAGCCUGCCGUUGACCGGCAGUGUUCAUAACCUGGUCAACAAGGACAAGAACGACAUCGUUUUGGACUCGAGCGUUUUUCCCGGCGGACCUCCGGUGCCGGCUAACAACAAGAUCCUGAGGUUCGUUGACUUGUCGCAACUGUGUCGGGGUCCUCAGGACAGUCCCGGUCACUGGUUGGUCACCGGAGCUCGGCUUUAUAUGGAGAAGGGCAAAGUUUGCUUGCACGUCAAGUUUUCUCUGUUACAUCGGCUUGGAUCUUCCUGAAACAGAGAUCGCUACUUCUCUGGUGAUUUUUUUUCUUUUUUUUUUUCCGUAUGUUGAUCUCAGCCAGUGUAUAUAUUCGUCGAGAACGUGUUUACGUGUAUAUAUAUAGAGAGAUGUGGGUCAAGCCCUCUCCAUUGUUUGCUCGCAGGAAAAUGGAAGAACCUACAGAAACAACAUUAUUUUUGGUAACUUAA